AACUUGGUCAGUUACCUAUGGCAUCUCCCUCUCAACAGCUACCUCCUGGCUGGACAGCGGAAUGGGAUAAUACGCAUCAGAGAUACUUGUUUACUGAGGCUGCCACAGGAAACAGGCAAUGGGAAGUCCCUGGACAGCAAGUUGGAGGUGUGCCGCAGGCGGCUCCUAUAACUCAUUCAAAACGAAGGCAAUAUGCUGCUGGUGCAACUCAGGCAUACUAUGGUCCCACAGAUGGAUAUAGUGCUGACCCAGGGUACAUGGCUGCCGCACCUCCAGUGCCUGGUAUGACCCCGCCUAUAGGUGUUCCGGCCACUGCUGCAGGUGGUGGUCAACUCUUCACUCCUGGUCUGGCUGCAGAAAAUCAAUUCGCAGCUCAGCAACACCAGUUCCAACCUCAGCCGGAAUACAUAAAUGCGCCGCAGGCAGCCCAGCCAACAUUCCAGCAACAGAUGGGUGCAGUCACAGAUCAGCUUGGACAAAUGGGUAUUGGUGGACAGAAACCACACGCGCUUUACACUACAAACUUGCUCACCGCACCUCCGGACCCACGCGAAUUGGCCCUCCCGCCUCCGGAGAUCCGUCUUCCUCCUAACGCCUGUGUCUCCCCUUCUCCGUUCGCAAACGCGGAUCCAUCAUAUCAACGUUGUACAAUAAAUGCGGUGCCUACGACGUCUACUCUACUUAACAAAUCCAAAUUGCCCUUCGGCUUGGUUUUGACGCCAUACCGUUCGUUAAAAGAGGGCGACCCGCCUGUCCCACUGGUAACAGAUACCGUCAUCGCUCGAUGCCGUCGUUGCAGGACAUAUAUUAACCCUUUUGUACAAUUCAUUGAUGGAGGGAACCGCUGGCGUUGCACCCUCUGUAUGAUGUCCAACGAGGUUCCGCAACUAUUUGACUGGGAUCAAGAACGGAAUCAACCCGCCGAUAGAUGGGCUCGCGCGGAGUUGAACCACUCGGUUGUCGAGUUCGUCGCCCCAGCAGAGUACAUGGUUCGACCACCCCAACCUGUUUUCUAUUGCUUCCUUAUCGACGUAAGCCAUACUGCUAUCUCGUCGGGUAUGGUUGCAACUGCCUGUCGGACGUUGCUCGAGUCAUUGGACAGGAUUCCAAAUGAAGACAAUAGGACGAAGAUUGCGAUUAUCGGAUUUGAUGUUGCAUUAUACUUUUUCUCUAUGACGCCUGAUUCCACCGAUGCAACUAUGAUGGUUGUUUCGGAUUUAGACGACGUCUAUCUGCCGAAACCUAAUGAUCUUCUUGUAAACCUUACCGAAGCUCGCGCUGCAAUUGAGGCACUCCUCGGUCGCUUGAACGAGAUGUUCCAGGAAUCCCACACCGUCGGAAGUGCCUUGGGCCCUGCUAUGCAAGCCGGAUACAAGUUGAUAUCGUCUGUUGGCGGAAAGCUUGUGGUCUUAUCUUCGAGUCUACCAAGUUUAGGCUCGGGUGUGUUGAAAAAUAGAGAAGACCCUAAAAUUCUCGGAACGGCAAAGGAAUCGAGCUUAUUGCAGCCUGCAUCUUCGUUCUAUAAGACUUUUGCUAUCGACUGCUCACGCGCACAGGUCUCUGUAGACAUGUUCCUUUUCAGCGCCUCGUAUCAGGACGUUGCAACCUUGGCGUGUUUACCGCAUUACACGUCUGGUCAGACUUACUUCUAUCCUGGGUUUAACGCUGCGAAAGCAGAGGAUGCAAUUAAGUUUGCGCAUGAGUUCGGAGAGGUAGUUGCUAUGCCCAUCAUGCUCGAAGCAGUCAUGCGCGUACGUGCUACAAAAGGCUUGCGCAUGGCGUCCUUCCACGGUAACUUCUUCGUUCGGUCAACCGACCUUCUCGCCAUGCCAGCAGUACCACAAGACCAGUCUUAUGCUAUUGAGAUCCAGAUCGAGGAAAACAUUACGCAGGCAUUCGUUGUUCUUCAGACUGCCAUUCUUCAUAGUACCUGCAAUGGUGAACGGAGAAUUCGCGUCGUCACGCUUGCCUUACCGACAACGACUAACUUGUCCGAAGUGUACGCCUCCGCGGAUCAAGUUGCAAUUGCAACCUUAUUGGCAAACAAGGCGGUUGAGCGUUCUCUGUCACACAAGCUGGAAGAUGCGCGCGACGCUGUCGUAAAUAAGAUGGUCGAAAUUCUCACUACGUACAAGAGUAGCAUGACUGCUGCGGGCUCUGGUGCGAGUGCACAGCUUUCUGUUUGCGAAAACAUGAAGAUGCUUCCUGUUCUAUUGCUUGGCCUGUUGAAAAACGUCGGAAUUCGUCAAAGCGCGCAAAUUCCUCCAGAUCUCCGAGCAUAUGCGCAAGCCUUGUUGACUUCUCUACCAUCUCAGUUACUAAUGCCCUACAUCUACCCGACAUUCUACUCUUUGCAUAAUAUGUCACCUGAGGCCGGGACGAUGGGCGAGCACGGUCUCGUUAUGCCAACACCGCUCCCUCCAACCUCAGAGCGCCUUGAACGCCAUGGUCUGUUCUUAAUAGAAGACGGCCAGACAAUGUUCCUCUGGAUUGGACGUGACGCUGUCCCGCAACUCGUACAAGACGUGUUCGACAUUCCUUCAUAUGAUCAACUCCGAGGCGGGAAGACGACAUUACCACUCCUGGACAACAACUUCUCUCAACGCGUGAAUGCUAUCAUCGCCAAGACGCGUGAAAUGCGACGCGGACCCUACUGGCCGCACUUAUACAUCGUGAAAGAGGACGGUGAGCCGCCCUUGCGACUUUGGGCACUGAGCUGUCUCGUACAAGACCGAGCGGACGUCAUGCCGAGUUAUCAACAGUUUAUCUCGCAGUUGAAGGACAAGGUGAAUGGUUCGAGCUACUAAUUAGACUAUAUACGUACUUCAAAUUCAUGCCUUUUUCAUACCCAUACUCUCUGUUGACUUGUGUGUGGUGAUGAUGGCAUGCAUGUAAAUCCGUCUCUUAUAAUGGUUUCUCUUUUCUAUACUUUGCUUUCCUUG